AUGGUAAAAAAACCGAAGAACAUAAAAGCAUUGUGCAAGCGGUGGCGGGUGGCGGGUGACGGCGGUGUCGCGGCAGCGGAGCACGGUUCCGAGAUGAGCGCGUUGAACGCGCUGAACCCACUGGUGCCGCCGCUGUCCGCCGCCGAAGCGCUUUCCACGCUACUAUGGCAACCAUACGAGUGUCGCUCACCGCCCCUCGCGCGCUCGCGCACCGAUGGCGCGUUGGUACGUGCGCGCGGCGAGGGGGACGCGACCUGCGCGGCCCAGUCGCCGAGCGGCGGUCGUCAUGCGCGCGCGUCGUUUUGCGCGAUUAUACCCCGCCACGAGAUGCGGUUGCCCGUGCCGGCGCCCGGCCCGCUGCGUAAGUCGGACUCGGUCUCGGUGCGCGUUCCGGGCGAGCCGAGCCGACAGAACGUGUCCAGUGUGAACGUGAACAUAGUGCAGGUGCAGGAUGUGCCGCCUGGUGCUAAUGUGAACAGUGCGGUGCAGACGGAAAGGGAACGGAGUGUGGCCACUGCAGAAUGCCAGACAGAGGAGCCGGCGCGGCGGCGGCGAGUGAGACGCACUCGUGCGCCUCGCGUGCCAGAACUGGAGAACAUUCCGCCACCGCCAUACAGCACGUUGCCGCCAGCGCCGGCGAUGCUGCCUCACCCAGUGCCGGUGCACCCUCCGCCUCCAGCUAUAAUGCCACCACCGCACCCGCCUACCCAUCGGUUUCCCUUUCAGCCAAUCCCUCUCAGGUACUAUCACAACAUAAUUAUGUAUGGAUGCCGCCUGUAUGUUCGUAUGUUCCGCGAUAAGUUUUGA